AUGGCCUCUCCUCUCAAAGGAACGGCGACCUCUGCAGCAGCCAAAGCAGCCACAGAGACGAAAGCAGCCAUGUCCUCGCCCUCGUCUUCCUCCACAUCCUCCUUCCGCAACUCUCCCUUCGUCCGGGCUGCUCUCCCUUUCUUCAACGGUGGUGUAGCCGGGAUGACGGCCACGGCGUGUAUCCAGCCCAUCGACAUGAUCAAGGUCCGCCUCCAGCUCGCGGGAGAGGGUGUCAAGACCGGUCCCAAGCCCAGUGCCAUAGGCGUUGCCCGCGAGAUCAUUGCCUCGGGCCGCGUGCUGGAUCUUUACACGGGUCUUUCAGCCGGCUUGCUCCGCCAGGCCGUCUACACCACCGCUCGUCUGGGUUUCUUCGACACCUUCAUGGGCAUACUGAACGGCCGGGCCGCCUCCAGAGGAGAGAAGGUAACCUUCGUCCAGCGUGCGGCAGCAGGUCUCUCUGCCGGCGGUCUGGCAGCCAUGAUAGGCAAUCCAGCCGACCUUGCCCUCAUCCGCAUGCAGUCCGAUGGGCUUAAGCCUGCUGCUUCUCGUGCAAAUUAUACCUCCGUCGUCGAUGCGUUGGUGCGUAUCUCGCGGACUGAAGGCAUCUCGGCCCUAUGGGCAGGAGCCUUCCCAACUGUUGUUCGAGCCAUGGCCCUUAACUUUGGCCAGCUCACUUUCUUCUCGGAGGCCAAGUCACAGCUGCAGACUCACACCAACCUCUCGGCGCAGAACAGGACGUUCGCGGCGUCUGCCAUUGCCGGUUUCUUUGCCAGUUUCAUGUCUCUUCCCUUCGACUUUGUGAAGACCAGACUUCAGAAGCAAACCAAGGAUCCAAAGACCGGUGUCCUGCCAUACAAGGGGGUAUUCGAUUGUGCUGCGAAGGUCAUUCGUGAAGAGGGCUGGUUGAGAUUCUACCGCGGCUUCGGAACAUAUUAUGUUCGCAUUGCUCCACAUGCGUAA